UGGCCGGCGCCGGAGAGGGCGACUUGAAGCCCACUCUCGAAGCAGCGAGUCCCCAGGGGGGCUGCUACUGCUCCUGUCACGUGACCCCAUCCCCUCCCCCUGCCUCGUCCCCCUUUGUUGUUGUCUGAGUCGGCUGCUUCGGCUGUUUCUUUCGCCUAAGUACUUGUCGGGGUUAAAGCCCUAUUGAUACGGGAUAACCGAGUGCAGUGUACCUGGAUGAAAGUGCCAGGACUGGCGAAGGAGCGUGGAGGUGAUGCUGCAGGAAGCACCGGGGAAGCAGAGGAUUGUAGCGAGCGCUGGAAUUGAUGCUUCGGGCCUGUUGUAGUCGCCACCAUCAUCACCAUCACCACCACCACCACUACUACUACCACCACCAUCAUCAUGGUGGAAGGUCUACACUCUGCUAGGCUUAUCGGACCUUUAGCUUUUUAUUAUAUUGUAGGAUUCCUCCUUGUAACUCUUUCGUUGCCACCUGGCACCCAGGCGUCCAACCAUCUUCCUAGCGGUGCCUGUCAAAAUGGGAAAGGCAAAGGUAUCAGCUGUCCAGAGAGUAAUGAAAGAGAUUCAGACUUUCAAACAUGUGAUGAGUCUACAUGCAAAUAUGGGGGAGCCUGCAAAGAAAGUGGAGGUGUCGUGGCAUGCACAUGUCAUUUUCAGUGCCAUAAACAUUAUAUUCCUGUUUGUGGAUCAAAUGGAGACACAUACCAAAAUGAAUGCUUCUUGAAGCAAGCUUCUUGUAAGCAUCAAGAAGAGAUCACAGUAGUUUCUGAAGGAUCGUGUUACUCAGAUAAUGGCUCCGGAUCAGGAGAAGGGGAAUAUGAUGGGUCAGGAACACAAGUUCGUAGAAAACAUGCAAAAUGUGGUGCUUGCAAGUACGGGGCUGAGUGUGAUGAGGAUGCAGAAGAUGUUGGGUGUGUGUGUAACAUAGACUGCAGUGGACACAACUAUAAUCCCGUGUGUGCCUCUGAUGGAAGCUCUUACAAUAAUCCCUGUCUUGUGAGAGAAGCGUCAUGUCUGAGACAAGAACAGAUUGAUGUAAAACACCUUGGAAAGUGUCUAGCACUGGAUGAAAUUAGUUCAGUUUCAAAGGAUGAAGAUGGAAUUCCAUUUCGCCCUGAAAUAAAAGAAACGAAUGACCAUGCAGAAGACAUUUAUGCUGGGAAUCACAUUCCUUGCUCAGAAAACUUUAAUGGCUAUUGCAUACAUGGAAAAUGCGAGUUCAUUUAUUCUAUAAAGAAGGCUUCGUGUCGAUGUGACUCUGGAUAUACUGGACAUCAGUGUGAAACUACAGAUAUGAAUAUGCUGUUUGUUGUUCCAAGUGGGAAGAAACUUCCUUACGUCCUAAUUGCAGCAAUUAUUGGUGCUGUGCAAAUUGCUGUCAUUGUUGCUGUUGUAAUGUGCAUAACAAGAAAAUGUCCCAAAAACAACAGAGGACGUCGACAGAAACAAAACCUAGGCCAUUUUUCUUCAGAUGCAUCAUCAAGAAUGGUUUAGUUUUGAUGAUUUUUAUACCUCCUUGAUCAUGUGGUGUACAUUUUUAUUAUACUUUUUAAAAUGGGAAAUAUUUAUUUCAGAGGCCUUAUUUUUUGGACAUUUUUGAGUAGUGCUGUUAGUCCGGUUAAACUAAAAAGCAGGUAUUUGGUUUGCCAAAUGAUGUAGCUUUAACAAUGAAACACUAAGGAAGGAGUUCUUAACCCUUAACAGUUUUAAUUUACUAGCUUACUUGUGUCACUUUCUGUUAAUUUAUACUGCAGUGUACUCAGCCAUACAUUUUUGUGAGUAUUGUUUUUAAGGUAUAUUUUAAAUAACUUCACUGAUGGCUGUAGUGAAUGACAGUUAUUUUUAUUGGAUGAGGCAUGAGCUACGAAGGUAAUGAUGUUUACAGAUUACUUUUUCUUACAUGAUAUUAGGAAGAGCACACUGUGUUGAAAUACAUAUUUAAUUUUUUUGCUGGGGGGGGUGGGAGGAUUAGUAGCUGAUGUUUUUUAGACCCUGUGUCUUGCAUGAUUUUGUGUGAUUCUGUGUACUGUGUGUAGUUGUAAAAUAUGUAAUAUAUGUAUUAACUGCUUUUGUGACAGACAUUGAAGCACUACCAUUCUCAUGUUUCUGAUGCUGUAUCUAUUUAACACUCUAACCAUACACUUAGCAACUCAUAAAUGUAACUGGUAGUGCUUUGGUAUAGGUUCUACAUUGAGAAAAAAAGUGUUUUCUGGUUGGAUAAGAAGUCAGAUCAAUACAAAGACUUGGUUCUCACUCUGAGGAGAUAGAGACAACAUGAAUUAAUGCUAUACUUAAUAAGUAUUCCUUAAAUGAAAAAUUGAUACUGAAAAUGUAUUAACUUUUUUGAUUUAAAACAGUAAUUUGCAUAUUGUACAGUAUUCUGCAAAAAUAAAGCACUGACUUACCAACACUGUUUUAUAUAAAAAGCCACUUUUUGCAUGGUAAUGAAAAAAAGUCUUGAUAGGAAUUUGAUGGAUGUAAGUUGCCUAGACACUACAUGUGUUAAAAGUCAUAGAGGUAAACGUGAGAUGAAUGUGUUAAGUUAUUCAGACAUUGUUUGGGCUUUAAACUGCUGCAUGUAGGAUUUAACAAUUUGAUCAUAAUAAUAAAAAUGCUUAUCUACUAAA